AUGGCCCCCACACAAGUUGAGCUCCCUUUGCGGGCCAAGGCCCAAGCCGAUGGCGACGCCAGCCAAGCCGAAAGCAAGCUCAGCGGCCCCGUCGCCUUUGGCCACGCCCUAAGAGAUGAACAAUUCCUCUUUGAACCCUCUUACCGCAACCUCAACCACGGCUCAUUCGGUACGAUCCCCCGCCCCAUUCCAAACCCUCCUUCCGGCACUACCAGUUCCCUCCGCGGAAUCCGGCCCCGGACCGCUUCCAUCCGGGUACGACUACCCCAUCCCUCCUCGACGGGCUCCCGCGUCCGCCAUCGACCAGCUUACGUCAACGAUCCCCCCCUUCGACCUGUCGUCUUCGUUUCCAACGCCAACCUUUGGGGCGUCAACACGGUGCUGCGCAACCUCGCCUGGCACGCCGACGGGCGCGACGAGAUCCUGUACUUCGACACGCUGUACGGCGGGUGCGCCAAGACGGUCGACUACGUGGUGGAGGACCGCGCGGGGAAAGUCGCGGGCCGGUGUAUCCCGCUGGGGUACCCGUGCGAGGAUGCCGAGGUGGUGGCGCGGUUGGUGGGCGCGGUGGAGGCGGCGGUGGAGGAGGGGAAGCGGCCGCGGGUGUGCGUGUUUGAUGUGGUGUCGUCGUUGCCCGGGGUGCGGUUUCCGUUUGAGGCGGUGACGGCGGCGUGUCGGGAGAGGGGGUUGUUGUCGUUGAUCGAUGGCGCGCAGGGGGUGGGGAUGGUGGAUAUUGAUUUGGGCAAGGUCGAUCCGGAUUUCUUUGUGAGCAACUGUCACAAGUGGCUGCAUGUGCCGCGGGGGUGUGCCGUGUUCUACGUGCCGCUACGCAACCAGGGCAUGAUCCGGUCGACGGUGCCGACGUCGCACGGGUUUGUUUCGAGCGCGGGGGUGAAGAGGCCCAACCCGCUGCCGCCGUCGAACAAGUCCGAGUUCGUCACGGCGUUCGAGUUCGUCGGUACCCUCGACAACUCGCCGUAUCUCUGCGUGAAGGAGAGUAUCAAGUGGCGGGAGGAGGUGCUGGGCGGGGAGGCGCGGAUCCGGGACGCGCUGACGGCGCUGGCAAGGGAAGGGGGCAAGCGGGUGGCCGAGAUUCUGGGCACUGAGGUGAUGGACAAUGCUAGCCAGAGCUUGACGAGAUGCUCUAUGGUGAACGUGGCCCUGCCGCUAGCGGUGCAGCCCGAGGACGGCAAGGCGUUGGAGGGCGAGCUGGCAUCACUGCCGUCCUUCCCACAGAGUGACGCCGGAACCAUCACACACUGGAUGUUGCGGAAGUUGCUGGACGACCACAAUACGUUUAUCGCGCUGUACAUCUAUGGCGGUCGCUGGUGGGCUCGGCUCAGCGCCCAGGUCUAUCUGGAACUGGAAGAUUUUGAGUGGGCGGGCGAAACACUCAAAUCGGUAUGCGAGCGCGUGGUGAAGGGAGAGUAUAAGCAGGAGUAG